AUGGCUGAACCAGGAAAGAAAGCAAAAGAUUACUCAGAAGAGGCUAAAUCUGCUAUUUCAUCGGCCUGGGAUGUAGGAAGGGUAAAAGCCACCCUUACACAUCUGCGAGGGGUACUGACAAUCCAUAACAGGCAUCGGGCUUCUGACGCGCCAUCAACGACUCUACUGGUACAAGCUAUAUUAGGCAUUGCUUAUGAAAGCAAAGACUAUGGAUUUGUGUUAGAAUGCUUGAAUGCAUUGUCCAAGAAACAUGGCCAAUUCAAAACUUCUACCACCGCGAUGAUAGAUCUUGUCAUGGGUUGGCUGCCAGCUAUUAAAGAGGAGGAAGGGAUAAAGGUCUGGCUAGAAUGGAUAUUCUUGGAAACUCCCAGAGCGCGUGUAACCCUCGCACUUGCGCUCUAUCAUGAAGAAUUGGCCAACAAACCUACUGCAGACUCGCCCAAAGCUUCAGAGUGCUUACAAACUGCUUCAGACUUACUUCAAGAACUCCAAGUGGAGACAUAUUCGUCAAUGGAGCUGAGAGAAAAGAUCGAGAUUCUCCUUGAACAAAUGAGGCUGUUAAUGUUAGUGGCCAAAAUGAAGGACGAGCAAGCGAAGGCGACUGGAGGUCUUACCGAUGGCGAAGCUGACUGGGUCAAAAUGCGUGUAGGCGCUCGAAAGGUAAACGAGGGCUUCAUAAAUAACCCUGAUAACAAGGAUCUCAAACUCAAAUACCACGAGCUAAUGAUUCAACACUCUUUAAGGCAAUCCGCAUACCUGGAAGUUGCAAAGAGUUUCUACAAGAUCUGGGAGAUGCCUUCGGUACAAGAGGAUCAAGAAGGAGCGGCUCGACAUGCGUUAGAAAAUAUCGUCUAUUAUCUGAUUCUGGCACCUUAUGACAAUGAGCAGUCGGACAUGAUCAAUCGUUUAUUCAUCGAUCCUGCACUCAGCAAACCUCAACGGGAGGCUCAUUACAAUCUCGUUAAACGAUUCGUUACCAAGGAGUUGAUGCGCUGGUCAGGAAUUCAAGAAUAUUUUGGGCCAAUCCUUUCCAAUACAGAAGUCUUCAGCGGGCCCUUAGGAGAAAGGCAUUAUAAGGAUUUGCACAUGCGAGUCACAGAACACAUCUCUCUUCAAAGACUCACUGACCUUCUUGUACUCAGCAAGGAGAAGACCGAGGAGAUCCUCAGUCGGCUAGUGGUCUCUGGAACGGUUUGGGCACGAAUAGACAGACCAGCUGGAAUAGUCAACUUCAGACAGAAAAGAAGCGCAGAGGACGUGAUGAAUGAAUGGUCCUCUGACAUGAACAAGAUGUUGGGCUUGGUUGAGAAGGCUUGGAUGGCCAUGAAUGCUGAAGUAGCUGCUAGAA